UGAGUCAAAAAGAGGCUAAAGAUUAACUUCCGCUUUCUUUUUUUUGAAGUUAUGUUUCACCUAUCCACACCUACCAUACUUACAUCUUAUUUGAAUCAUGUCGCUCUAUAAAGUUUGUUUAAUAGGGAAAUAUGGUGUAGGGAAAACAACAAUUUUCAACCGAAUAAGGGGCAAGCCUAAUAAAAAGAACGCUGAAAUUGAGUUUUACGAUCAUGAUGUCACAGUGGUGGUUGGAGACGACGAGGUCGAGAAGCAGCAAGUUACAUUGCAGAUUUGGGACACUGCCGGAAUGGAACAAUAUGAAUCGAUGACAGAAUCCUAUUACAAAGAUGUACAUGCCAUUGUUGCUGUUUUUUCUUUAGACUCUGAAAAGAGUUUUAAAAAAAUAAAACCUACAGUAUCUAAAAUUAUCAAUGACGACUUCUCUCCGAAGGCAAUAUUUGUUCUAGUUGGUAACAAGAAGGAUCUGGAUACACCAACAGUAUCUGACAGUAAGGUCAACGAUUUCCUGAAAAGUAAUCCUGGAUUUUUUAAAGAAUAUUUGAAAAUUUCUGCACAUAGCGAUGAAGACGUGUCUGAAGUAUUCAACAGAGUCGCCUAUGGUAUUGUUAGGGAAAAAAUAAAGCCAGUAGAAAGAACAUCUGGUGGUGGUUUUCAAGAGCGAAUUCAUAAAAAGGCUUCCUGCUGUUAGCACUGUGUUGGCAGUUCCCACGUGUAAAAAACUAAAUUUUUAUAUGACUGGACAUUUAUUGUAAUCUUUUUCCCGAAAGACUGUUAAGCAUCUUCUCUGAUUACUGUCAUUGCUGGUGCGAGGCUUUUAGCACAAUGCGCAAAAAACCUCAGGUUGAGACUUGAAUGUCCCCUUGCAAAUGAUUUGUCUUGGAGGAGAAAUUGCUCGCAUUUAAACUAAAUCAAGGAAUUUGAACGAAUACCAGCAUACCCACUGGCCUUUAUGAGAUAAUUAAUAUAUGUUUAAUAUUAAGCCUAGAUAGUUUUAGUUUUAGUAAGUCACAUGGUAAUUUAAAUACUUGAAAGGUGAAUAGGAAAUUUUGUGUUUUAAUAACUUCAUCAGUUUUUUAACUUUUUCAGAAUAACUUUUCUUUUUGCUUUAGAGAUUUUUGGUGCAAGAAAAUUAGAUGCUUUUUUGCCAUAUUGGUUUUUGUUUUUGCCAUAUUGUCAGUUUUAGGGCUUUCUAGUGUUGAAUGACUGUCAAUUUUUAAAAUGCCUGUUUUUCAGCAAUGAUAAUUAUGUUAGUGUAUAUUAGCAGAAAUUAUGACUC